AUGGCGCGGCUGAAGGCGUGGGGGCUGCAGGACCGGCCGCUGAACACGGUGCACUUCGAGUCGCCGUCGCACACGGGCACCCUGCUGGGCGGGCUCAACGCCCUCCGAUGCCGGGGCCUGCUGCUCGACAUCACGCUCGCUCACCGCGCCGUGCUGGCGUCCGUGUCGGACUACUUCCGCGCCAUGUUCACGGACGCGAUGCGCGAGGCUCGCCAGUCGGAGGUGCGCCUGCGCGGGGUGUCGGCGGCCGGCAUGCGCCUGCUGCUCGACUACGCCUACACCGCCCGCCUGGCGCUCAACCUCGCCAACAUCCAGGACGCCCUCGCCGCCGCCGCCCACACGCAGGUGCCUGCCGUCGUGGAGGCCUGCGCCUCCUACCUACAGGCUCAGCUGGACUUGGAAAACUGUGUAGACAUGGCAACCAUUGCUGAGACUUACUCAUUAGCAGGGUUGCGUGGCAGAGUGUAUCGAUUCAUGAGUGCCCAUUUGAGAGAGUUGGCUGACUCUCCUGACUUCCAGAGGUUGGCACCACCGCAAUUAGAACAUUUAUUGGCCUGUGAUUUCCCUGUUGAUUGUCCAGAGGAUGAAGUUCUCCGGAUAUCUCUCAAGUGGUUGCAUGGAGACACUGGCAGGUUAACUUAUGCUCCACGUCUUCUUCGUCGAAUACAUUUUCCAGAAAUAUCUCCUAGGGCUUUGGAAGCUGCUUUGCAGAACGCUCUUCUUGGACAUUCCUAUCCAGAACUGCAGUUGUACAGACAGGUGCUUGCUGAAGCAUGUCGCCAGGCACGACCCCGAUGUCCUGCCAUUACUACUGGUGCUUCGCCUUUAGUUAAUUCAAGAGGCAUGGAACUAGCUGUUGUAAAAGUUGGAGGCUUUAGCAUUGCUGGUAUCACCAAUGAAAUCACAUACCUGCUGCCCAGUACAGGUCGAUGGAGGCACCUGACAACCAUUCCCCAUGUUGAACAGUGCAAUUUUGGCACUGCUACUCUUGGCAAUGAGCUGUAUGUUGUUGGAGGUUGUUUCAACCAGUCACUACAGGAGAACAUUCAUCCUUUUGGUUUUCGAUAUAGUCCUCGUGCCAAUAAGUGGAGUACAAUGGCACCAAUGCAGCGAGAAAGAUGUCGAUUCUCUCUCAAUGUUCUUAGAGGGUAUCUGUAUGCUGUUGGGGGAGCAUCUGAAACGGAACUGGAUUCCCCCGAUGAAACAGAUGUAUCUGCAUGUGAGAGAUAUGAUCCAGCAACAGAUAGUUGGGAGUGCAUACGCUCUUUACCAGGCCUACGCUCUCAACAUGCUGGAGCUUCUCAAGGAGGCAAGCUAGUAGUAUCCGGAGGAUUAGAUCGAGGGCUAGUGCUUUCAUCAGUAUUGGCAUACAAUCCAGAUUCAGAUACAUGGACACCACAAGCAUCAAUGCUGACGCCAAGAGCAGAUCAUGCUCUUCUUGCUCUUGGCAAUAAGUUGUAUGCCUGUGGAGGCUGGUAUGAAACAGGGGAAACAGGAAAUAGAAUACUGGCAGAUACAAUUGAUGCAUAUGAUCCUGCCACUGACAGCUGGGAAGUAAUAACUCAUGUGCCCACUCCUCGAUACCAUGCUGGAAUUGUUGGAGUGGGCAGUUGCAUUUACUUCAUUGGGGGAUUUCAUAGUGAUGCAAUGUUUGAUCGAGCUACUGCUGUAAUAGAAUAUUAUGACCUUGAUACUGGACAGUGGACAACUGGUGAUCGUUAUCCUCAAGAGAUUUGGGAGCAUGCCUGUGUGACUCUCUACAUACCUCGGUGCCGUGAUGACAUGGAAGUUAUGGACACUCCAACAUCUGCACAGACACGAUAGCUAAUGUGUUUAAACAUGUGUUUCAUCUUUGACUGCUCAUUUUCUUCUUUCAAGAGCUUGUCAAGAACCUUAAUUUGACAAGAAUAUUUAAUUCAUGUGGUGCCAUUGUAGGCUUCUCUUGUGUUUAACAUUUUCGAAAAUAUUUUAUAAUAAACUAUGAAUAUUCAUGAACUUUUUCAACUCAGAGCUCUCUAUUUUUGGAGUUAAAGUUGAAGAAUCACUGGCUGAUGCUUUGAAAUGUACAUGGCAAUGUUAUAUUGUUAAAUUACAACUCGCUCUUCAGAGUCAGUCAUAUUGUACAUACUUAAGUAGUUAUUCUAGUUCCAGAUGUGUUCCUUGUGUAAAUUUUGUGUUAUGUGAUGUAUAAAACUGUUAUUGUAAUAUUGUAGGUAAAUAUUAUGUUUAAAUUUUAUGACUUGGAAGAUCUUCAAUUUUUGACACUAAUAUAAUUCUCUUAAAUUACAUUUUUAUGAACCUAUAAUGAAAUUCUCACUCUAACAUGUUAAGAAAUGUUCAUAUAAUUUAUACAAUAUAAUUGUACAUCUGUUGCCAUUCAAAUUUGAUAUAAGAUUAUAUACAUUGUGAAAAGGAGAAAAAAAAAAUAGAAUAAUGAUUAUAUUACAUUAAGAAGUUCAUGUUUGUUAAACUUUUCUUCGAAAUUGUGUACAACAUUUUUCUAAAAUGAAAGGUAUGCAUAAAUAUACAAUUUCAAUGUGUACCUUAUGCUCAACAACUAAGCCUUACUCAAAAAUCCAUUGUCAGAUAAAUGUAUUUUUCUUAAAAUAUUCAAUUUUCUUGUUCACAAGAGAAUUUGUUAUCAUUCAAAAUGUAGUGAAAUGUUAUAGUAGAAACUAAAUAAGUAAAUGAAUAUUGUUAUGCUAUUUUCAGCGACACACAAUCAGUAUAUGGUAUUAUAACCAAAGUAAUCUAGUAAUAUAAUGUUUCUGGAGUUUCAUGAAACAAAAAAUUCUGAAUUUUGAAAUUUGAUGUUUUUUCCUUCAUUGAAUAUCACUCAUAGAUAUAAAAUAAUGUUGCAAACUAACUAAAAAAUGGCAGUCUUAUUUUGUACUGUAUUGUUAUUUUAAGACAUUUUAAAAUGUAAGUGGCCAGACAGAAGAAGAAGAAAAAUUCAAAUGACUUGGAAUGAAACUAACCCAUUUAUCUCCUUUGGUCAGUACAAUUCACUGAACUGACCACAAAAGUAUUUCUGUGCUGUGUCCAAAAAUUUGUACACGUUAAUUGAAUUACGUUGUUAAGGGCAUUUAUCAAGUCAGUUAACAUACAUUUUUAUAAGCAUUAAUUAAUUGUGUUUCAUUACAGUAAAUUAUUCUUCUUAAGAACUUAAACAACAUAUUACAAACUUGCACAUUAGUUUAAAAAAAUUAAUGGAAAGGUAAACCUUAGGUUUGUGAGUGGAAGUGAAGAGUAUAUGUAAUUAUCAAAUGAAUGCUAUUAAAAUAGCACAAUCUCCUGAAAUAUCAGUUCAUUAUAAUACAAACAAAGUAUAACUUAUGUCUCAGACAUAAGUAUCCAACAGCAUUUCUUGAGAAGAGUAUUUUCCAUGCAUUGCAUAAGAACAGAAUUGAACUGACUUGAAUAUACUUUGACAUGUAAGCAAAAUAAGCCAUAUCAUAAAUAAUAAGAUUGAAUGUUAAUUUAUUAAUAAAAAUCAUGUUAAUGUUUAUUAAGUGGGCUUUCAUUAAUUCUAUAUUAAUGUUAAAAAAAAUGUUUUACUUUUCUAGUCUAAUGGAAUUCUAUUUUUCUGUCACUAGACUUGUCUUUUAAAUUUAUACUCUUUGAUGUUGACUGUUAAAAUAUGUACUGAAUUUUCUGAAGUUAAAUCAAUUUAUAAGUUUAAU